CAAGCACAAUUUGAGGGAUUGAGCCAAGCAAGCCCAUUUCGUGUCGGCGCUCCAGUUCACGUGGCUGGAUUGGGAUUUCUGUUAUGUCAGUAACAAAUUUUUCCACCUUUAUUGUCAACUUCUCUUUCCUUCUUCACCUUUUUGCCCUUUGUGUGUUUUCUCAUUGCUCUUAUAACAUGGCGCGCCAGUAUGAACCAAGAGGUUGGCUGGUCAAGCUCAGUACUGGGACUUUGAGGAAACAGUGGCACAGGCGUUAUUUUGUUCUUUCUGGCCACGAGAUACGCUAUUACAGACAAGAGAAUGAUGUAUACCCAGCAGGAUAUAUCAACCUUCAAGAAUACCAUUAUGCCCAUCCAGAAUCGGUGAAAAAGAUGCCCUUCACCUUUUCAAUAUUAUCAAAGGACCGUUCGAAACGACCUUAUGUACUCUAUGCUGAGAACUCUCAAGAUAUGAUGAUAUGGAUAGAAUCGUUGAGAACUGUUUUCAAAAAUAGAGAUCUAGCCAUUCGCAAGAACGCAUCCAGUACAAGCACGGGUACAGACGAACAAGAAUAUAACGAUAGCGUAUUAGAUAAAUGGCUUCAUAGGCUGGACCUUGACGAGCCCAAGCACCAAUCUGGGAGUAGGGAAUUUGAAAUCGGUGAUCAAGUAUCGGUCUCAUCUUCGUCCCAGAUAGAAAAUUCACUCCUCCAUGGAUCCCACGAUAGUCGACGGUCCACAGAAUCACUUGCUAGCAGUGUGCAGUCGGACUCUGCAUCUUCCAUCUUAUCCACUUCAAGCUCCGGUACCACCGAUGUAACCACUCCUACUUCCCCUAGUAGCCGAAACUCGGUGAUGAAGCAGCCCAACCAACAGCCUCAGUUACAAGCAAAUCAACAGGACAUGUCUCGAAAUAGGGUACGCACCAAUCGAUAUGGCGUGAAAGCGUUACACACUUCAAGUGUAUCCCAUCCCGUAGCCAUGAGUUCGUUCCUGACUCAGCAACCUACGGUGUCAUCUCAUAUGAGCUCAGCGACCAACAUUGAACAAAAUCCUUUUUUCAACCCACGCGUGCCACCGAGAAAUAGGAACAGACCUACGACCAGUGAUCACCGCUCACCACCUUCAAGUCCACGCAGUUUUAUAAUGCGCCCAGAUCAAAUUCUUCCAGCCGGCUCUGGCAAGGAUAUCUCUUGGGUUCUUCAAGAUGAUGGCGCACUUGGCUCAAGUCAAAAACGUGCAAGCUGCCCUCCCAUCGAAUCUAUACCAUAAAACGUGAAUCGUCUGUCGAUCACGUCAAAUUCAAACCCUACUGCUUGACGCAGCAUCCCCCCAUUCCAUUUCAUUCCAAUACAAUACACUAUAAUACAAUGUUUUUUUUGUUGUGUCAUUUCAAUCCCAUCAAACCAUUUCCUCCAGUAAUAAUAAAUGCUUUUAGGUGCGUCAAUGUUAAAACCACCUGUACAUUCGCAUAUCUACACUGUUACACCUUC